CUUGCGGCCUUCCCGCCCUCUGUCCUGCUUGCUGCACAGAACACCUUACACCAUGGCCACCUCAGCAAGUUCCCACUUGAACAAAGGCGUCAAGCAGGUAUACAUGGCUCUGCCCCAGGGCGAGAAAGUCCAGGCCAUGUAUAUCUGGAUUGAUGGCACUGGAGAAGGACUGCACUGUAAGACCCGCACCCUGGACAGUGAACCCAAGUGUGUAGAAAAGCUGCCUGAGUGGAAUUUUGAUGGCUCUAGUACUUUUCAGUCUGAAGGCUCCAACAGUGACAUGUAUCUCACCCCUGUUGCCAUGUUUGGGGACCCUUUCCGCAAGGACCCCAACAAGCUGGUGUUCUGUGAAGUCUUCAAGUACAACCAAAAGCCUGCAGAGACCAAUUUAAGGCACUCCUGUAAACAGAUAAUGGACAUGGUGAGCAACCAUCACCCGUGGUUUGGAAUGGAGCAGGAAUAUACCCUGAUGGGGACAGAUGGACACCCCUUCAGCUGGCCUUCCAAUGGCUUCCCUGGGCCCCAAGGCCCGUAUUACUGUGGAGUGGGAGCAGACAGAGCCUAUGGCAGAGACAUCGUGGAGGCCCACUACCGGGCCUGCUUGUACGCCGGCAUCAAGAUCGCGGGAACGAAUGCUGAGGCCAUGCCUGCCCAGUGGGAAUUCCAGAUAGGACCCUGUGAAGGCAUCGACAUGGGAGAUCAUCUCUGGGUGGCCCGUUUCAUCUUGCAUUGGGUAUGUGAAGACUUUGGCGUGAUAGCGACCUUUGAUCCUAAGCCCAUUCCUGGGAACUGGAACGGUGCUGGCUGCCAUACCAACUUCAGCACCAAGGCCACGCGAGAAGAGAAUGGUCUGAAGUACACUGAGGAAUCCAUCGAGAAACUAAGCAAGCGGCACCAGUACCACAUCCAUGCCUAUGAUCCCAAGGGGGGCCUUGACAACGCCCGGCACCUAACUGGAUUCAACGAAACCUCCUACAUCAAUGAUUUCUCUGCUGGUGUAGCCAACCGUGGCGCCAGCAUCCGCAUUCCCUGGAUGGUUGGCCAGGAGAAGAAGGGCUACUUUGAAGACCGCCACCCCUCUGCCAACUGUAACCCCUUUGGGGUGACAGAAGCCCUCAUACGCACGUGUCUGCUCAACGAGACUGGCGACGAGCCCUUCCAGUAUAAGAACUAAGUGGACUUAGACCUCCAGCCGUCAAACCCCUCCCAGUUCUUCACCCCACUCCCACUUUUCCUCUCUCCCAAUUGUCCUACUAACUGUAACUCAAAGGGCAGAAUAUCAAGGUCUUUUUUUUCCCUUGUGCCCAGUUAAUAACUCUUGCUUUUUUGGGUCAGGGUAGAGGGGUCAAGUUCUUAAUCUCUUCACACCCACCCCAUCCCCCUUCUUAUCCUAUCACAGAAGCUUUGGAAGACUGAGGAAGUAGUGCAUUAGUGGGGAGGAGAAGGAGGG